AUGGUAGAGAAAUUGGGUUUGACAUGUGUUCGCCACCCUAAAUCAUAUACGUUGAAGUGGUUGAAUGACAGUGGAGAGAUCAAGGUUGACAAGCAGGUGAUAAUUGCAUUCUCUAUUGGAAAGUAUGUUGAUGAGACAUUGUGUGAUGUGGUGCCAAUGCAAGCUUAUCAUUUAUUAUUAGGGAGACCUUGGCAGUUUGACCGUCGAGUAUUUUAUGAUGGUCACACGAAUCGAUUCUCCUUUGAUUUUAAUGAUCGUAAGAUCACUCUUGCUCCUUUAUCACCUAAGGAGGUUUACCUUGACCAGUUGAAGCUUCAACAGGAUACCAAUGGGAACAUAGGAUGUGAGAUCAUAGAAAAAUCUGAGAGAAAAGAGGCUAUGAGAGAAAAGAAUAUAGAAAAAGGCCCAAAGGUGAGUGAAAAGAAAGAAAAGAGUACAUGUCAUGAGAGUAGUGCAAAUACAGAGAAAAUUGAGAAAGUUGAGAACAAAUUGUGUUUCUUUGCAAAAGAGAGAGAUUUAAAGGGUGCUUUAAUAGGCAAGAAAGCUUUGUUUAUGGUUCGAUUUAGGGAUACUUUAUUCUCUGACACUGACCUUAACCCAAAUUUGCCAAAUAGCUUUGUUUCUUUGUUGCAAGAAUUUCCCAAUGUCUUUUCUAUUGACGUACCACGCGGUAUGCCUCCAUUAUGA